AUGCCUGUAGCGGAGUUUGGAGAUAUGAAUGUUAUUGUUGUACGAGUGAUAGUUCUUCCACGCAUAUGUCUGAAUAAUUUAGCGCCAGAGCUCAAAGUGGAAAUUAUUCUCCAAUUGAGGAAUCCUACGUCUCUUGCCAAGUGUUCACGUGAAUACAUUAUCGUAAAUUUGCCUUCAACGAAAGCCAAGUGGCUGAUUUGCAGACACGGGAGAACCCAUGCAUUAUUUCACGCAGUAAGAAUAGGCAAACCAUUUGUUAAUCUUGAUGUAGCCGAAUGUCUAUUUGCGCAGAACGCGCACAUCAGUCGAUACUUUAUCCAAAGAUUAGUGCUCGGAUUUGGCAGGUAUGACAGUAGGCUUAUCGAUCUCAAAUUGACGCAUAUGGUUCUGCCUGAAUUGGUCAGUCUCUGGAAGCAAAAUGAAUAUUCUGAAGUAGUAAACGAUGUAAAUGAUGUCGUUGUACGAGGCUCGCUAUUAAUUCUUUAUCCACAUGAGUUUGAGGAAUGGGCUUUACCCGGAUUAGAACAAGUUGUCAAGAAAUCAAGUGAUUUACAGGUGGUUGGCUUCAAAUUGACUGACAAGCUUGUCGGAGACGCUCUAAUAUUAUUGGAACACAGACUAAACUAUAUAGGCGAAACGCUCGUUGAAGCUUUUGCUACUGUUCGCAAAAAGCCUAAGGAGGAUAUUUAUACUAUUUGUCUAACAGAGCUGUUGCGUCCAGAAAGAAAUAUAGAGCAAUACGUUUCCCUUGACUUUAUAAUUGGCCGUAUUGACAAACCUGAAGACAAAAUCCUCUAUGCAUUUGAAAAGUAUACCUUGACCAACCACGGUGUAUAUGAAUAUAUGAUAGCUAAAUUUGGUUCUCAGUCCCGAGUCGCUAGGCAUUUGUACGAUAAACGUAAGCAUACAACUGAAUAA